UAGUUUAAUAUCUAGACCUACUCCUAGAUCUAGAUCUCUAGAGAUAGAAUUCUAGAUUAUUACAACUUUAAUUUUAAUUGACUUUAUAACUAUACUGAUAAUUUAUUACAAGCCGUAACAAGACUCAAGUGACUAAAACUAGAUCUAACUAAAUUUGACUAGUCUAAAACAUUAAAAACUCUCUCUAGACUCUACUCUAGAGUGACUAAAGUCAGUAGAGUAUAGAGUGAGUAGAGCGUAGAAGUCUAGAUCUAAUUAUUAUAAAAAUAUUUUUUUUUUUGAAGUAUUCAACAUGACUAAUCAGACUGGUAGAUAUUUGGAUUGAUCUAGAUCUAUUACUUGACUAGCUAGACCGUAACUACUCACUCAUUAACUGUCACUAGGAAAUCAAUCACUGACGCUAGACUCUCUGCAAACACUGAACAAAAAAAGAUUACAACUAUCUCAACUUGACUGAUACUUUAAUAACACAUGAGUUUAAUAAACAAACAAUCAUAAUUUAAACAUAGUAACAUAAUAUUGUUAAAUGUACAAUUCGCAACACGAAACAGAAUGUAACCACUGCAGUGUACUCACUACUCAGUGAUACCUAACUUAAAAUAUUUAAAUGAUGGAGGGUGAAUCAAAAACAGCUUACAGCUGUGAAAAGCAAAAAUCAUUUUUCUUCCAACUACGUCAUCUGGCAGGAGAAGUUGACAAUAAAGUUCAUUUUGUCAAGGAACAAUUGGUGUCCAGGAGCUGUAAACUAGAGCCAUGCCAAGACCAAGCAAGUGCCAAUCUAUUUCUCAUGAAUACUAAAAGGGAGCUGUCAAGCACAUUUGAACAAGUGAAAACAAAGUAUAAUGUCUUUGAUUCAUGCAGCAAUGACUUUCAUAGAAUACAAGAACUUCUCAAAUCUGUGCUGUGUGCUCAUGAAAAGAGAGUUGGGAAAAUGCAGGACUUUAUGGAAUGCUAUGGCUAUGUCAAGCCUGUAAUAGAACCAAGUAUAUUGACAGCGUUAAAAGGUAGCCAACCUGAAUCUCAUAAAGAAGACAUUGAAUCAAGUCAGUCUGAUGAUGAUGAGGAUGAAGACAAUAUUGAAGAGUCUGUCUCCGGUACUCCACAGGCAAAAGCUAAUAUGGAGGCAAAAGAUAAAAUGGAGAAACAAUUGAUCAAAACUCCUAAGCUUGAAGAUCUUUAUGGCAAACUUUCUGAAAAUACUUUGUUUUUAUUAAAAGGGGCUACAAGUAAUGAUGCUGAUCUUAAUACAAUGCAGCUUUCAAAUUAUUCUUUAUCUUCUGUGCAAAAUAAAACUUACUCAACACCAUUUGAUUCACAGAAAGCAGAAGGUAAAUUUGGCUUUAAUGCCACUUCUACAUGUAAGGAAAGAACUGACAAUGCAAAUAAUUUUAUUACAAACUUGCAAACUAAUACAGACUGUAAACCUGAAACAAUGCCCACUGGUAAAGAUCAUGUUUUCCAAAUAACACAGUCUUUAUCAAACAUGUCAGAAAAAUAUGCUAAUCAUGGAAGCUCAUUUAGAACUCCAGAUUCUAUGAUAAAAUCAAAGGAACAGAAGAAAACUCCUGUAUUUGAAGAUGUCUACGGUAUGUUAUCAGAGUGCACCAUUUCUCUGCUUAGAAAUACGUCACACAAAUCUGUCAGUGCAGAGAAGCUUUUGACCAGUGUUUUAGAUUCUCCUAAAGACAUACCUGUGCUCUCUGAGCAGAGUGUAUUAUUAAAACCAAAUGAUAAAUCAUUGUCAGAGAGCAGCCUUCAGAACUGCUCACAAUGGACUAUUUCAUCACCCAAAGACUGUUCUAUAACCAAUGCAACUUCUCAAAGCAUUCAGACAACUGUUCCUAUAGAAACGUCAACCUGUGGUGAUUCAUAUAAUUCUACAGAUGAGAUAAAAGUUUCAAAGUGUGCUAGGACACUUUUGUACACACAGCCACCUGUCUCUGAAAAUACAAUUAGGUUCACAACUUCCUACAGGCAAAUGGCUUCUGCUGGCAAAGAAAAUGUUCCAGCUGUUUCGUUGUUUGAUUCCAUGCCAGCAUCACCAAAGCUCUUAUCAAGUGCCUUGAUUCAAGAUAUUUACAAUAAUAAGUAUUGAACUAAUCAAUAUUUGUGUUGGAAAGAAAAAAUGUUUAUAAAUCAUAAAUUAUCUGAGGAUAAUGUUUAGUGUUUUAAAAGAUAUAUGUAACACCAUAAUAACUCAGAUUGCUUUAUAAUUUGUGCUGUCAAAUGUUUAUUAAUUUCAUUAAAUCAUCAUAUAUUGAGUUAUUUUAUCACUUUUGUAUAUAAAUCAACAUUUUAGCUUGGUUACCUUUUAGCACUUUGGCAUUUACACUUAUAAUACUAGUAACUACAGGUGAAAAGUAUUUUCUUUAAGUUUUAUAGAGGGGAAUUAAAAAACUUUUUUUUUUCUUUUGGCUGAUAUAAACAGGAAUAUAUUAUCUUGCCAGCUCAGAGACUAAUAUCCUUAAAGUUUCCUUAAUUAUGUUGAGUAUUCUCAGGAAAAUCUGUAUGAAAAUAUGGGUUUUCAUGUGCUAUGAGUGGACCAACAUUAAGGUCAUUGUCAUAAAAAUAGUACAGAAUAAAUGUGGAAGUUAAAAAUGAUUUUAUUCUGUGUUUAAAAAAAAAACUGACUGUACCAAAGCUUUUUUUUUUUUUUGUAUCUACCCUGUGAAAUGUAAUAAGAGAAGGAUUCGGGUUGAUGGGGGGUGAAUAAUGGAAAUUUCUUCACAUGAAAAUCUUUUUUGAUGACUGACAAACUAGCUGUUUAAACUAUAGCAUUGAUGGUUACUUUGUCUUUAUUCAAAAAUAUAAAACGUCAAAUUGUCUUUAUGUAUGAUUGCAUUUCAAUUUCAAAGAAUGUAAAUCUUGUAUAUAAAAUGUUUACCAAGGAAACAAAUUUAAAGAAAUAUGUGACAUUUAAGGAGACAUUUGGAGCACUGUAGAUGUGUACCCAAUCCUAGAAAUAUUAGAAAUAUUAUCUUGAAUCCUAAACUAAAUGAACUAGUUUUCUAAUUAAAGAUUUAUAUAGC